AUGCUGCUCGAGUUUAUAGACGAGAGCGCGGUGAAGGCGCUGUGCGAGAGCGCGGUGAAUCACCACAAGGGCGGCGAGAGCGCCGGCGGCGACGGCGGCGGCGGCGGCGGCGGCGGCGGCGGCGGCGGCGGCGGCGACGGUGCCGACGAAAAGAAGGACUACUGCCUCGACCUCCAGGGCAUCAUCCUCGCGUUCGCCGGGAAAGUCCUCCUGCGACCGACGUCGCUGCGGCUCGAAAUCGGGCGAAGGUACGGCGUCGUCGGCCAGAAUGGCGCGGGGAAGACGACGCUCCUCACGAGGCUCGCCGCCGGGGACAUCAACGGCUUCCCCCCGCGGCUUCGAUGCGUCUUCGUCCAGCACGAAGUUCUCGUCUCGCUCGCGGCCCCGGUGAAGGACUUUCUCAAGUCCCAAGCGAUCGAGCUCGGCGCGGAUGCGAACGACGUGGCGCCGUGCUUACGCGCCGUCGGGUUCACGGACGAGCUCGCGCGCAAGACGGUCACGGAGCUGUCCGGGGGAUGGCGGAUGCGACUCGCGAUCGCGCGAGCGAUGUUACAGAAAGCCGACCUCCUCCUCCUGGACGAGCCGACGAACCACCUCGACGUCGGCGCGGUCGACUGGCUCGCCUCGCACCUCUGCGCGCUGACGAACACGACCGUGCUCGUGGUCUCGCACGACUACGACUUCCUCACGACCGUCGCCACCGACAUCGUGCACUUCGAGGAUCAGACGUUGACGACGUACGACGGCGGGUUUCAAAACUUUCGAGCCGCGAACCCGCGGCUGUCGACCGGGGGCGGGGAUAAGCCGCUCAUCUCGUUCCCGGACCCGGGACCGUUGGACGGCGUAAAGAAUAAGCAUCAGGCGGUGUUGAGGGUCGAGGAGGUUUCGUUUUCGUACGCGACGUCUUCGGCGAAGGUUUUGGACGGCGUCAACGCGCGCGUGUACCUCUCCUCGCGCGUCGCCAUCGUCGGCGCGAACGGGGCGGGUAAGACGACGCUUCUGAAGAACAUCGUGGGCGAGCUCGAGCCCACGGACGGGAGCGUGUGGAAGCAUCAUAACCUGCGGAUAUCGUACAUCGCGCAGCACAGCAUGCAUCACUUGGAGUCGAACCUCGAGAUGUCGCCGAAGGAGUACAUCCAGCGAAGGUUCUUCUUGGGCAGGGAUAAAGAGCUCGCCGCGAUGGCGACCAUGGAGAUGACAGACGAGGAGAAGGCGGCGAUGACGGUGAAAGGGAACGUGUGCGAGAUCCUCGGCAGGGCGAUGAAGGGCGGGUCGCUGUGUUACGAAGUCCGAAAGUGGGGCGACCGCCCGGGCGUCACGAGGUGGGAACCGAAGGAAUUCUUAAAGUCCUCGUACGUCAUGAAAAUGACGCGGCACUUCGACGAGAAGCUCAAGGCGAGCCAGAGCGGGCUGGACAUUCGCCCGCUGACGUCCGCGGAGGUGUACGCGCACCUCGGCGAUUUUGGGAUAUCCACGGAGCUCGCCGAUUCGAAACUCAAGCGCAUGUCCGGCGGGCAAAAAAGCCGCCUCGUCCUCGCCGCGGCGAUGUGGACGAAGCCGCACGUGAUCGCCCUGGACGAGCCGACGAACUACUUGGACAACGAAACCCUCGCGGCGCUGACCGAUGCGCUUCGAAAGUUUAAAGGCGGUGUCCUGACGGUGUCGCACAACGCCGGGUUC